AUGAUAAUCCGGUCGUCCCUGAAAAAGUGUUCCCAGUUACACUAUGUUCUCAAGAUUCCAACUGCUGGUUUCCAAUGGGUGCCAAAAGGAGGAGUGAUCUUUCAGUCUCUUUCCCAGGAUGUGUACCAAAAUUUGGCUUUUGAAGACUGGAUCCAUGAUACCCUGGACUUGGAGAACCAACACAUCCUUUUCCUGUGGAGAAAUUCUUCUGCUGUGGUGAUUGGCAGACACCAGAAUCCUUGGCAGGAAUGUAAUCUUAAAAUGAUGCGACAGAAGGGAAUAAAACUAGCCAGAAGAAGAAGUGGAGGAGGAACAGUUUACCAUGAUAUAGGCAAUAUCAACUUGACUUUCUUUACAACUAGGAAAAAGUAUGAAAGAAUGGACAAUUUAAGACUGGUUGUCACAGCUUUAAAAGCCCUGCGGCCACAAUUAGAUGUACAAGCGACUGCAAGAUGUGACCUCUUGUUAAAUGGGGUUUUUAAAAUCUCAGGCACUGCUGCGAAGCUGGGAAGGACUGCAGCUUACCACCACUGCACUUUGCUGUGUAAUACUGACAAAUCCAUUUUGUCUUCUGUACUGAAAAGCCCCUACAAUGGGAUAAAAAGCAAUGCCACACCCAGCAUCCCAGCCUUAGUGAAAAACCUCCAGGAAGAGGACCCUACUUUAACUUGUGAGAUGCUUCUGGAAGCCAUUGCUGAACAGUACGCUGCACAUUAUCAUGCUGAUAACCGUAUCUAUGUAAUAAAUCCAGCCAAUGAAGGAGAGUUCCCUGGCAUUAGUAAUAAAGCGAGGGAACUGCAAGCCUGGGACUGGAUCUAUGGCAAAACACCCAAAUUCAGUAUUAGUACAUGCCUGAAUAUAGCAGAUGAACAAUCUUGCCUUGAUGUCAAGAUAAAUAUGGACAUAAAGAACGGCAAAAUUGAAACAUGCAAUAUCGGUGUAUCUGAGCACUGGCUGCCACUGAUGAUGUGUGAUAAACUGAAAGACAGCCUUAUUGGCAGCAAGUUCUGUCCAAGCGAAACUAUGGCCGUGGCAAAUGCUUUGCUGAGCACGUGUACAGAUUACAGAUUAUACAGAAAAUGGAAUCUGUUAUGUGAAAAGGUGCUAACGCUAAUGUGACCGCCUUGAUAAGCAACUUCUGAAUCACUGCUGUGCCAUGAGCAAGCUUUCUCAAAUGGGAGUUUUUGAGAACUUGGCUGAAAAAGACAAAUACGUUGGUGAUGCAACAAAAAUUUUAAAAUGAUUUUGAUACAUUUAAUACUUUUUUAAAAUUAGCUAAUUAAUGCUGUUCAAGGUUUUCCAAGCAAGUGUUAAAGAGUUCAGGUUUCACAUUCAUCAUAAUGGGACAAUUAUGUUCUCUGUUUGCAAUUUCCCUUUGUUUUAUUCAUUUCGAUCAUUUAACAUCAUGCCAAUUAACGCAGUGGGCUUCUUGUAGCAGCUUACAAAAUAAUAAUAAUAAAAGGUACAAUGCUAAAAA